AUGUCUCGCGCACAGCCUCCGGGCUCCCGGAAGAUAUCGUUCAAUGUGUCGGAGCAAUAUGACAUUCAGGAUGUCGUUGGCGAGGGAGCAUAUGGCGUCGUCUGUUCGGCCAUCCAUAAACCCUCCGGCCAGAAGGUUGCGAUCAAGAAGAUCACCCCGUUCGAUCACUCCAUGUUCUGUCUUCGCACCCUGCGCGAAAUGAAGCUGUUGCGCUACUUCAACCAUGAGAACAUCAUCUCGAUCCUUGACAUCCAGAAGCCCCGUAGCUUAGAGACCUUCACCGAAGUCUAUCUCAUCCAAGAACUCAUGGAAACCGACAUGCACCGUGUCAUCCGCACCCAAGAGCUCUCCGACGACCACUGCCAGUACUUCAUAUACCAGACCCUCCGCGCUCUUAAAGCCAUGCACUCCGCCAACGUCCUGCACCGCGACCUGAAACCCUCCAACCUGCUGCUCAACGCGAACUGCGAUCUGAAGGUGUGCGAUUUCGGCCUCGCUCGCUCCGCCGCCUCGACCGAGGACAAUUCGGGGUUCAUGACCGAAUACGUCGCGACCCGGUGGUACCGUGCCCCGGAGAUCAUGCUCACGUUCAAGGAGUACACGAAAGCGAUCGACAUUUGGAGCGUGGGGUGUAUCUUGGCGGAGAUGUUGAGCGGGAAGCCUCUGUUCCCCGGAAAAGACUACCACCAUCAACUGACCCUCAUCCUCGACGUGCUCGGUACCCCCACCAUGGAAGACUACUACGGCAUCAAAUCUCGCCGCGCCCGGGAAUACAUCCGCUCGCUCCCGUUCAAGAAGAAGAUCCCAUGGAAGGUCAUGUUCCCAAAGACGUCGGACCUCGCGCUGGAUCUUCUGGAGAAGCUGCUCGCCUUCAAUCCCGUCAAGCGCAUCACCGUCGAAGAGGCGCUGAAGCACCCGUACCUUGAGCCGUACCACGACCCUGACGAUGAGCCGACCGCCGACCCGAUUCCGCCGGAGUUCUUCGAUUUCGACAAGAAUAAGGAUACUCUGACAAAGGAGCAGUUGAAAGUUCUGAUCUACCAAGAGAUCAUGCGGUGA